AGAGGUUAUCUCAGAGCCCGACGCGGAGCUCGCUGAGGAGAAGAAUCAAAGGGGUGAGACGACGAAGGAGGAGGAGGAGAAUUGAAAAUCAUUGAAAGAGAAGGGAAAGAAGUGUUUUUGAGAAUCACUGAGGUGUAGAGAGAGAGAGAGAGAGAGAGAGAGAGAGAGAGAGAGAGAGAGAGAGAGAAAAAUAUAGUUUUUUGGUUUUGGUUCCUGGUGAGGAACUCCUUUGCUCUGCUUCUUUUUGCCCAAAUGUUUGAAUUGAUAGUUUGGGAGCAUAGAGGAGUUAUCCACUUGUUUGGUUUCUCUUGAGGAAAUUGGAUCUCUGAAUCCAAGAUUUGUUUGUGUUUGUGAUCCUGAGUUGUGGAAUCAUGUUGGAAGGCAAGGCUUGCUUGAUCUCUAGAGCAUUGCCGAGCUCCUGCGAGCAGGAAUCGAAGUGGAUGUACAUGACUUAUGAACUGCUUGAACGGUCAAACAACAAGCGGCCGAUGAGCGAUGAAGUGACAGAUAGAGAUACAGGUGAAAAACUCAAGAGAAAGAAAUCUCCACAAAGUAUGGUUUCCCUUAAUGAUGAAGAGAUGGAUACCUCUACUCAUGAGAAUGAUGGAAAUGGAUCUGGUGGGGAGUUCUCUGACUCGAAUUCGCUCAUUAGUGCAAUUGGCAGGGACAAUUCAAUCAACUGCCUCCUCCAUUGUUCUCGGUCUGAUUAUGGUUCUAUCGCGUCUCUCAACCGGAGCUUCCGUUCUCUUAUUCAGAGCGGGGAACUUUACAGACUAAGGAGGCAGAUGGGGAUCACCGAACACUGGGUGUACUUCUCGUGUCAUGUUCUUGAGUGGGAGGCAUAUGAUCCAUAUCGUGGCCGGUGGCUGACUUUGCCUAGCUUACCCCAUAACGAAUGCUUUAUGUGUUCUGAUAAGGAAUCACUGGCAGUGGGCACUGAGCUCCUUGUUUUUGGCAAGGAAGUUACUUCACACAUUGUUCUGAGAUAUAGUAUACUUACAAACUCUUGGACAGACGGCGAGGCGAUGAACCAUCCUAGAUGCUUGUUUGGAUCGGCAAGCCUCGGAGAGAAAGCAAUUGUAGCUGGUGGAACUGAUGUGCAUGGAACCAUAUUGAGUUCUGCUGAGCUCUACAAUUCUGAGACACGGACUUGGGUUACCUUGCCUAGCAUGAAUAAACCGAGAAAGAUGUGUUCUGGAGUUUUUAUGGAUGGAAAGUUUUACGUAAUUGGAGGCAUGUCGAGCAGCACACAGUUGUUGACGUGUGGUGAAGAGUAUGAUCUUGGGAAGAGGACAUGGAGGGUCAUUCCAAAUAUGUCGUCAGGGCUCAAUGGUGCUAGCGGUGCUCCACCUCUUGUUGCGGUGGUUAACAAUGAACUAUAUGCGGCUCAUUACUCAGAGAAGGAGAUACGGAAGUACGACAAAGUAAAUAACAAUUGGAUCACUCUUGGGAGAUUGCCAGAGAGGCCAGUGUCGAUGAAUGGUUGGGGCCUUGCAUUUAGGGCGUGUGGUGAGCGGUUGAUAGUAAUCGGUGGUCCGAGAGCCUUGGGUGGAGGAAUGAUCGAGCUGCAUUCAUGGAUACCAAAGGAGGGACCUCCUGAGUGGAACAUGAUUGCAAGCAAGCAUUCAGGAAGCUUUGUCUUUAAUUGUGCUGUCAUGGGUUGCUGAUUGAUUUUUAUGACGCCAAAUGUAUCGUAUAUUCCCCUGUCAAGAGGGGAUGAUGUACAAGAUUGGCCUGUCCAAAGGCACCCAAUGGGUAAUCUCUGCCAUUUUGAGCUUUCAGAUUUUACUCAAGAUUUAAUAGAACUCUUGUUUUUAUGUAA